AUGCCGCCACAUUCCACCCUCGAGUGGAUCGCAGGCGCCAACAUCCCGCGUAAGGGCCGAGCCAGACCCAGACGACGGAUUGUGGCCGAGUACGAGACCGAAGAUGAGGACGAAGAGGUCGAGUUCUUUGUCAAGUCCAGGCGCAAGAAAAAAGAGGUGAACGAGGCCGAGGCCAAGACUGCCACCGAGAGCAAGUCCAAGAAAUCCGAGAAGGAAGCCGCCCUCAAGUCGGCCCUCAAGCAGUCCGCGGCAUCGUCCGCAGACACCUCGGACGCCGCCAUGAGCUCGGAUAAGGACGUCGAGACCAGUGGCACCGAGUCAGCCUCCGCACCCGAAGAUCAUCUCAAGGAGUUCGACCCAGAGUGCCCCUGUAGAAACUGUGUCAGGGCACACAAAGCGCUCAAGCGGUCCCGGCUGAGAAAGAACAAGAAGAGGGUCAGUUUCUCAGACGACGAGGAAGACACGGACGCCCCGGACGAUGUGGAGACCGUCCACAACUUCUUCAAGUGGAACCAGGCCAUGGAGGCGAAGAAGGCUCGGGACCAGGAAGCCAAGGACUACAAAGAGUUCCUGGCGGACAAGGCAAAGAAAAUGGAAGACGCCAAAAAAGACGCGGAGAAGAAGGAGGCAGAAAAGAAAAAAGAAGAAGAAAAGAAAAAGAAGGAUACGGAAGCAAAAGACGCAGACUCGGCAAGUGGAACGUCAAAAGGGAAGCAGAACAAGGAUAAGAAGAAAAGCGCCGCCUCCUCAAACGAGACAACAGAUGCAAGCGAUUCUGAAGUCAGCACCUCGAAAGAUGGAACAGAUGCGGACACAAGUGCAAGUGGAGACUCGGGAGAGAAGGGAAAGAGCAAGAGCAACUCUAAAGCCAAGGACAAAAGCACUUCAGCUUCGCCAGAGUCCGACUCUAGCAAGGGGGAGGAUGCAGCCGUCAUCGAAAUGCUGAUGCAGAAGUUGCUAAAGGCGAAGAAGAAAAAGGUGAAGGAGAAGGAAAAGUCCAAAAAGAAGAAGGAGCCUCUCCAGGAAUCCCGCCAGGAAGACCCUGGGAAGCCGCCAGGACACGCAGCCGCCUCCUUCGACCCGAACUGGUUGAUGCCGCCGCGGUCCAACGUUGUUCAUGUUGAGCACUCGAUGGAGACUCCCACUGAUCCACGCCCCAACGCUUUUUUCGACAAUCAGAACCGCGUCAUGAGGGUUUAUCAUGGACCGGUGUAUGGAAAUGCGACGGGAGGUCUCUACCGGAAUGCUAGUGGUAACCCAAGUGGCAACCCGAAUAAUUAUGCCUCGAUUCCCCAGCAGCAGAAUCUUACGAACAGCAGUAUCUACAUGCAGAACAACGGGCAGCACCUACCGAAUAUACAGCCUUCUUACCAAGGCUAUCCUCCUCCACAGGCCCAGGCAAUGCCAUCCUUGCCGCCUGAAGGUGGAAAUCAAUGGUUCCAGGGGUAUGGUACCACGACUGUUCCAGGUAGACCUGAAGACAUCCAGUCAACUCGCCGCUCUCAGGCCGCCCCAGAGUUCACUUAUGACGCAAGAAUAUUUGAUGAGGCACAAAAACAGCCCAAUGCUACCCAGCCAGAAGGGAGGACGGAUUAUGACAUGGAAGCUCAGAUGGCCCGGGAACUCGAGGAGAUCAGCGCCCGUCUGCAGCGCAGCUCAAAUGCUGGCAAACAGAGCCACAAUAUGCCCAGCCAUCAUACAGCGCAGAACAGCAAUGGCAAUGUCAUGGGUAGCGACUUCGCCGCAGGCCAGCCAAGGAACAGUCCUAACGCUGCCAUGGCCAGCACCCCCCAGAAACCAACAUACGAAACAUCAUGGGACACUUCAGGACCUACGAAUAUGCCGGCCUCAACAAAUGAGAGUUGGGGAAGUCCAACGAACAACAAUGGCCACAGUACUCCUGACUGGGGCAAUGACAAUAUGAAAAAUGCUAGCAGUGGCGGGUCAGAUUGGGCCAAGGAUAAUAACAACGACGCUACCAUGAACAAUGGAGACGGCUAUGGUGCAGGAACGACGAUGCAUGAUGGCGGUCCUUCGAAGAUGCAGGUGUCCCCGAACCCAACACCCGGGAGCUGGCCAAGCCCCGCGAACCCACCCAGCGGCACGAAUGGCGAAUUCGAGACUGGCGGACAAACAGGCCAAAAUUGGCAAGACCCAAAAGCUGCUUCAAGUUCGGGAGGAUUCUGGGAGAGCGGUGCAGCAGAUGCCGGGAAGGCUCCGGACACAUGGUAGUCAUGGCGGACCUUUCGACAGCCCGGUCUGAGUAUUCAGCAUUGGUAGGCACAGUCGGAUUUGUAGCGUAAUAAGGCAUAAUGCUGGACUGAUACAGAUGUAAU